AUGAGUAUACGACAAACUACCCAUUACGCCAAACGAAGUAUGGCUCUACUUAAUCAGCUUCGUUUUUUCCAACGUUCCACUAGCGUUUCAUUCACUAGGUCGAUUUACUUACACAGAGGACCAAGAGUUGAGGGAUUGAAAAAGGACCCUCAAGAGGUGUUUAUAAACCACAAUGGCAUAGAAUACGAGCUCAAUCAGAAUAACAUCCAGCAUAUUAAGUCAUACCUUGGAGACAAAUUUCAAAUACCGGAUGAGAUAGCAUUGCAAAUCAUAACCCACAAGUCCUUUGGGAAUGGGAUCAAACCCUACAAUGAAAAAUUAGCAACGAUGGGCUCCAAGCUAUUAUCGUUGUUUGCUGCUAAACAUGCCAUUAACAAGCCAACCGAAAAAGAUGCAAAACUUGUGAUUAACGGCAAGAACUUGUCAAUAUUAGGCUCGCCUAAGGCAAAAGAACUACAUGGAAGGAAAUCAACUGGGUAUUUUGCCAAGCUCAACGGAUUGAAUAAGACCAUGUUUUGGAAAUCAAGGAAUCCUACAUUGAAUUUUGAAUCCAGUGGUGAGUUAAAAGUGAGCUCACAAAUGCUAUAUAGUUUGAUUGGUGCUGUCAACAUCUAUCAUGGCAAGGCAAAAGCAGAAGAAUUCAUCAAUGACAAUUUGAUAAAGGGGUUGGAAGAGAUUACUGACGAGCUUGUACAUAGAGGAUAA